AUGACCAGAGACUGCGGACACAGUACAGGAGAUGACCAGAGACUGCAGACCUUUUGGGAGUGGAGAGGAGGGAGCAGGUACCUGAAUUUGACAGGUACCCGCUCCCACUUCCGUGGAGUUGUCCUCCCUCCCCAUCUUCUGAGACAUGUGACAGGUCCCAGAAGACUGCCAGACCAUUCCCAAAGUGCAGCACAUCUCGCACAUGCACAGUGGGCACCUGGCUGUGAAGCCGCAACCUGUCACAGCCGGGUGCCCACACUAAAGAUGCCGGGGUUGGGGAGAGAAGACGGUGAGGACACCGCAGGCCUGAGGAACAGGUAG